AUUCAGCAUUUCCCCCCCUUCAAAUACAAGAAGAACGGCUCGUGCUUGAUACAGAAAACAAAUCCUGAACAUUACAUCUAAAAAUGGUGGUCGAAAGCCUUCUUCCAGCCAACUUUGGCUAUGCAAUUUUUACGUAUUUGUAUAGUUUUGUGAUGUUGAUGUAUCUCGGGGUCCAAGUUGGUGGUGCACGGAAGAAGUUUGGAGUAAAGUAUCCCACCAUGUACAGUGAUAAGGAGCAAGUGUUCAACUGCAUUCAGAGAGCUCAUCAGAACACACUGGAGGUGUAUCCACAGUGGCUGGUGUUCCAGACUAUUGCUGCAUUAGAGUAUCCUAUCGCUGCCUCUGUGUUAGGAGUCAUCUGGGUUACAAGCAAGUUCUCUUAUGCCUGGGGUUACUACAGUGGGGAUCCUGCUAAAAGGAUGCGAGGUGCAUACGGAUACAUCGGGCUGUUUGGAGUCAUUCUGCUUUCCAUCUCUGUUGCUCUUAAACUGCUUGGAGUGCUUUAAGGGAAAAUACCACAUAAAACCAAAACGUGGCACUUAAUGUAGACUUCAGCACUUCACUUUUUUUACUCUCUUUUUUUAAUUACAUUGCUCCAUCCUGUAGCUUUUACAUAGUAUGAAAUAUUUCAUCAUUGCAUGGUAGUGUUUAUGUUCAUACAACCUUGGUUUGAGUUCAGCUUGUGUCAUUUCAGUUUGUGGACCACCUUCUGUACAGAGCAUUUCAGGUGCAAAAUAGUGACGUGGGCAACAUAUCAGAUACUGUGCUGGUUUGAUUAGGAUGUAUGGUCACCCUAUGUUAUU